UCAGAGGGACCCGCAGCGCAGCCUGUGCCCUGUGGAUGCACAGCAGAUAUAAAACUUUAUAUUUUCUCAUAUGUUUUGUUCAGCAUGAUAUUUUAAUCUGCGCUUUCACCCCACUGAACAAAUUGAAAAGGUUCCUUUUAAAACAACUUCUUCGGGCUCACAACUGCUGCGUUCAAGGAGCCUCCAGGGCUCCUCCUGUCUGUGUCACCAUGGGGAUCAAAGCUGCGCUUCCUAAAUAUGAGAUCUAUUUCUACAACUCGGUGCUGUGUCUGGCCAUGUUGUGGGCCACCAGCUGGAUCUUUGAGGUGUCCAGUUCCAAUGAAAACAGAAAGACGUUCAAAACCAGUGUGAAACCAGGGUGGUACUACUUUGGGAGGAAAAUGGAUACAGCUGAUUUCGAGUGGGUGAUGUGGUUUUCCACAUUCAGAGAGCACAUCCUGUUUGCUCUUUCGGGUCACGUGCUGUUUGCCAAAAUCUGCUCCAUGCUGGCUCCACAGUACAGGUCCUUGGUGUACAUGGUGUAUGGAAUCUUGGCUGUGUGGACCAGUAUGGGCUGGACCUAUGUCACCCUCAUCCUGUCCCACUGUAUCCUGCUCUACAGCAUCUCCUUAGUGAAAAUCCGCUGGCUUUGCUUUGUCACUGGUCUUUGUACGCUCGCUACACUCAAGUGUCAACCCUUCGUGUCCUGGCAGGCUGGAUUUGUGGAGGGGGACUUUGAGCUGCGUCAUGUUCUCUUCUAUGGAGGUUGUGGGUUUACGAUCAUGCGCUGUAUGAGCUUUGCUCUGGAGAAUUGUGAAAGGAGAGAUGGAAACUAUAACAUCCUGGAACUGCUCAAGUACAACUUCUACCUCCCCUUCUUCUAUUUUGGGCCCAUCAUGACCUUUGAUAAAUUUUAUGUUCAAGCCAACAAGUCUGACCUGACCAGGAAAGAGCGGGAGAUGUGGAAUAUCACUCUGCAUGGCCUCAUCCACCUGGGGGUCAUCAUUGUAGUGGACGUCCUCUUCCAUUUCAUGUACAUUCUCACCAUCCCCACCGACAUGAAGCUGCUGAGACACCUCUCCGACUGGGCUCUAGUGGGUCUAGCUUACUUUAACUUGGUGUAUGACUGGGUAAAAGUAGCUAUCAUGUUUGGAGUCAUCAGCACAAUAUCCAGACUGGAUCAUCUAGACCCUCCCAAGCCACCAAAAUGUAUCACUCUGCUUUAUGUGUUUGCCGAAACCCACUUUGACAGAGGAAUCAAUGACUGGCUGUGCAAGUAUGUGUAUGAUUACCUGGGUGGAAAGCAUGAGAAUGUGGUGGAGGAGCUGGUGGCUACAUUGUGCACCUUCGGCGUUACCAUCCUCUGGCUGGGACCCUGCGAGGUGGUGCUGGUCUGGGCUUUCUUUAACUGUUUUGGCCUGAACUUUGAGCUGUGGAGUGCCAAGUUCUUUUCCAUGGAGCCUUUUGCUUCUUUUGAGAUGGCAAUGUCAGAAGCAAUGUCUCGCAGGAUCAGAGCCAUCUUCAAUACUUUUAACUUCUGGAGUAUUGUUUUGUACAACAUCGUGACACUGAACAGUUUGGAAUUUGCCAAGUUGGUUGCCAAACGGCUGCUUCUCAAAGGCUUCCCUGUAACCACCAUCAUCGUCAUGUUUAUGACCUACUGCCUGAUCCAAGUGAUUAAGGAGCGAGAGAGGAGGCAGGCCCUUAUCGAUGAUCCCGAUCCUCUUCCUCCUGCUCCCCCUCCAAACACCACCAGUGCUCCAGAUGCACCUGCCGCUGCUCAGCCAGUCUUAGAUCCCAACAAGGAAAAAGCCGAGUAGAUAUUUGAAGUUCACCUAGCAGUUCAGAUAAUUAAGGAUGUAGCAUCCAACAGUAGUAUUGCCAGUCUAGAUUUUAUAAUGUAACUUUUGAACGGAUGCUCUACUUCUGCUGAUGUUGAAGCACUAAAUGUAAAUAUGUUUAUCAUCAUUAAACUGUAUUUAUACCUAAUAGUGAGAAAAUCAAUCUUAACAAAAGACAAUCAUAUUUGAUUUAUUAUAUAAUGUACUGUCUAGUACCCUAUGAGAAUGGAUAGUUGAAAAAAGUUACUCUUAAACUGUUUAACAACACUGUAGGGAAGUUAAAACUAAAUUUCAUUUUUCUGAAACCUCUGCCUUUACUGUUAAAGCAAAAAAUAAACU